GAAGCGCGUGUGCGUGCGUGGGGCGUAGCAAGGGACGGAAGCUCGGCCGGGUACGAGCGCCGCACACGCCAGUUUAAGCCGGCUGUGUCUUGCCGCCGCUGAUGUUCGUGGCCCAACGCCGCAAUCCUUGCCCUUCUUUGCAGUCCCACCCCACACUCAGCCUUGCGUCCCUCCAGCCGGUCUCUGACUUCCAUUUCCCACCCUAAACCGCCUACCUGGUUUCUGUUGCCCGCCCAGUUGUCCUCGGCUUGCUGCGCUGAGGGUCCCCUGUCAGCUUCGACCCCAUGGCGCUGCAGGCGCUGCAGAGCUCGGGGGUGACCUUCCGCAAGAUCCUGUCUCACUUCCCCGAGGAGCUGAGUCUGGCUUUCGUCUACGGCUCCGGGGUGUACCGCCAGGCAGGGCCCAGUUCAGACCAGAAGAAUGCUAUGCUGGACUUUGUGUUCACAGUAGAUGACCCUGUCGCGUGGCAUUCAAAGAACCUGAAGAAAAAUUGGAGACACUACUCUUUCCUAAAAGUUUUAGGGCCCAAGAUGAUCACAUCUAUCCAGAAUAACUAUGGCGCUGGAGUUUACUACAAUUCAUUGAUCAUGUGUGAUGGUAGGCUUAUCAAAUAUGGAGUUAUUAGCACUAAUAUUCUGAUUGAAGAUCUCCUCAACUGGAAUAACUUAUACAUUGCUGGACGACUCCAAAAACCGGUGAAAAUUAUCUCAAUGAACGAGGAUGUCACUCUUAGAUCAGCCCUUGAUAGAAAUCUGAAGAGUGCUGUGACCACUGCUUUCCUCAUGCUCCCCGAAAGCUUUUCUGAAGAAGACCUCUUCAUAGAGAUUGCUGGACUCUCCUAUUCAGGUGACUUUCGGAUGGUGGUUGGAGAGGAUAAAACAAAAGUGCUGAAUAUUGUGAAGCCCAAUAUAGCCCACUUUCAAGAGCUCUAUGGCAGCAUACUACAGGAGAAUCCUCAAGUGGUGUAUAAAAGCCAGCAAGGCCGGCUGGAGAUAGAUAAAAGCCCAGAAGGACAGUUCACUCAGCUGAUGACAUUGCCCAAAAGCUUACAGCAACAGAUACAUCAUAUUAUGGACUCUCCUGGAAAAAACAGAGAUGUGGAAGAAACUUUAUUCCAAGUGGCUCAUGAUCCCGACUGUGGAGAUGUGGUGCGACUAGGGCUUUCAGCAAUCGUGAGACCUUCUAGUAUAAGACAGAGCACCAAAGGCAUUUUUACUGCUGGUAAGAGCUUUAGAAAUCCAUGUAUAACAUACCUGCUGACUAAAGCUUUGUCUCUUUUAAGUGCUUGUGAAAUGCUGAGCUUUGAUGGCCAUAAACUGGGAUAUUGCAGUAAGGUACAAACAGGCAUGACAGCAGCAGAAUCUGGUGGUCUAAUGUCAGACCACUGGCAGUGCUGUUGGAAGCUUUACUACCCUUCUGAAUUUUCUGAGAAACUUCCUGUGUGCAGGGUUUUUUCCUCAUGUUGUUUUAUUUAUCAAAGUUACAGAUGCAUAGGAUUGCAAAAACAGCAGCCCCUGUGCUCCCUCUCCUCUUCCCCUUCUCUGAGACAACUGCUUCCAUCUGUCUUAGUGGAUUAG